AUUCCUCCACACCUGUUCUGAAAGAAGCUGGAGCACCGUACCUCUGCUGCUUUGCAUUGCAUCGCAUCGUCUUCUCCCGUUGGUCGCUUGCCGUCUCAGCUGCGGGGGCAGGGGCACCCUACCUAUUUUUGGGCGCCAGCGCAACCACUGGAGGAGGCGUUAGACAGAAACCAGGGCGAAGCAGCGCCACGAAAGGCAGGAUCCGUCCGAGAAGAGAGAGCUGGGAGAAAGCUAGAGGACAGGCUCUGACCACCACCACACCCGGUCAUGGUCACCCUCCUCGCCUUCCGGCUCCCACCUCUUUUUUUCUUCUUCCUUGUCCUCCUCCCCCUCAUUGCAGCCGCUGCCGACGAUGGCAAUAUGCCGCAGGAAGGGGCGGAGGCGAUGGCGGCGCUCUUAAAUCUCAAGAAGUCGUUCGCGGACCCGACCGGUAGGCUGGAGGCGUGGUCGGCGGCGUCGCCGUUCGCGCCGUGCGACGCCGCGAGCCCCUGGCCCGGGGUGCAGUGCUACAAGGGCAGCCUCGUCGGCAUCCGGCUCACGCACAUGAACCUGUCCGGCACGUUCGACUUCGGCGCCGUCGCCAAGCUCCCGCGGCUGCACUCCGUCAACCUCAAGCACAAUGCCCUCUCCGGCCCGCUGCCGCCGAGCCUCGGCACCCUGCGCGGCCUCCGCGCGCUGUACCUGUCCUCCAACAACUUCUCCGGGCCGAUCCCCGCCGCCGUGUUCGCCAACAUGCGGUGGCUCAAGAAGCUCUACCUGGACAACAACCGCAUCACGGGCCCGCUGCCGGCCGACGCGAUCGCCAGCGCGCCGCGCCUCAUCGAGCUCCACCUCGACCACAACCAGAUCGACGGGCCCGUCCCGUCCAAGCUGCCGGACUCGCUCAAGCGCUUCAACGUGUCCCACAACCGCCUCAGCGGCUCCAUCCCGCCCAGCGUCGCCGUGCGCUACGACGCGUCCUCGUUCGCCGGGAACCCCGGGCUGUGCGGCUCGCAGGGCAGCGACGCCGCGGUGUGCGUGGCCGCCGGCCCGGCGCUCCCGCCGGCCAUGCCGUCGCCCACGGAGGCGGACUACGCGGCCACGGAGGAGGAGACCAGCGUGUUCGUGGUCGUCGGCAUCAUCCUGCUCGUCAUCCUGCUGGUCAGCGGUGCCAUGGUGCUCAUGCUGCGGCAGGACGAGAGGAACAGCGCCGCGCCGGCGUGGGACUACUACGCCGGCACGGCCGUCGGCGCCGGCGCCAGCGCCAGCAAGUCCGCGGCGCCGCGCGCCGGGGAGAUGGUGGCCGUGGACGUGGCCGGCGGGUCGUCCAGCCACGGCGGGCGGCGGAUGGGCGAGUUCGUCCUCCUGAACGACCACAUCCCCGCGUUCGGCCUGCCGGACCUGAUGAAGGCCUCCGCCGAGGUGCUGGGCAACGGCACCCUGGGGUCGGCGUACAAGGCCGCCAUGCGCAACGGCGUCACCGUGGCCGUCAAGCGCUUGCGCGACAUGAACCGCGUCGGGCGCGAGGAGUUUGAGCAGCACGUGCAGAUGCUCGGCGGGCUCCACCACCCCAACGUGCUCCCGCCCGUCGGCUACCACUACCGCAAGGAGGAGAAGCUCAUCGUCUCCGAGUACAUGCCACGCGGCAGCCUCCUCUACAUCCUGCAUGGCGACCAGAGUCCGAACAGGCUGAUCCUGGACUGGCAGGGUCGGCUGAGGGUCGCCGUGGGCGUGGUGCGCGGCCUGGCGUUCCUCCACGAGAGGCUCGGGAUCCCGGCGGGGCGGCUGGUGAGCAUGGACGGCGCCGACUUCGACGCGCCGCCGCCGCCGCCGCCGCACGGGAACCUCAAGUCCGGCAACAUCCUGCUGGACGCGGACAUGGAGCCGCGGCUGGUGGACUACGGUUUUUUCCCGCUGGUGAACGCGGCGCAGGCGCCGCAGGCCAUGUUCGCGUUCCGGUCGCCCGAGGGCACCACGCGCGGGGUCGUGUCGGCGCGCUCCGACGUCUACUGCCUCGGCGUCGUGCUCCUGGAGCUAGUCACGGGGCGGUUCCCGUCGCAGUACCUCCUCAACGCGCGCGGCGGCACCGACGUCGUGAACUGGGCGGCGACGGCAGUGGCGGAGGGCGGCGAGCGGGACCUCGUGGACCCCGCCAUCGCCGCGGCCGGCCGGGAUGCCGCCGUGAGUCUGCUCCGGGUAGGCGUGCGCUGCGCCAACCCCGAGCCGGAGCGCCGGCUCAGCGUGGCGGAGGCGGCAUCGAUGGUGGAGGAGAUUGGCGCCGGCGCGUCGUGAUCGUGAUCACGCUUCACGCACGUCGACGUCGCUGGCGCUGCAUCGGUGGAGUGGAACGGAAGGACAUGCAUGCAUGUGGAGGAGCCAGGUCGUCAGAUCCUGACCGUUCAUCACAGAUGACGUAUGGGUAUGGUUGUGCCGCGUGUACAGAAGUAUUGCUGUGGUCCGAAUUUGUAAAUGAAAAGGGCAAAAAUGGAAGAGGGAGCUGGGUGUACGCAUGCCAAUUUGAAAAAAACAUACUCUACUAGGGGCUUCUAGAGGAGAGAGAGAGAGAGCAUUUACGACCUCAAGCAUGCCAAAAGCAGCGUUUUGUCCUAGGAUGCUAUGGCUUUGUUGUAAUUAAGGAUGCAUGUAUUUUAGAUUCGAAAGUCCUGUGUUGUUUGAGUAAAU